GGGGCGGAGCGGAGCGGAACGGGCGGGUCCGGCCCCCGCAUUCCGGGCAUAGCAGUGCCCGGGCCCGGCCCCCGCUGCCGGCGGGACGCCCAGAGCCGCCGCCGCGCUCCCCGGGCAGCAGCGCCGCCGCCCCGCUCCGCCAUGUCCCGGUGUCUCAGCGUGGCCAGUUGCUGCUAAAGUUCCCCGGGGACGCCCUUCUCGGGUGGAAACGUGGCUUUGCCGACAGCGCGGGCGGAGAUGAGAACGGCAGAGGACUCGAACGGGACGGUCCUGCACCGCCUGAUCCAGGAGCAGCUGCGCUAUGGGAACCUCACGGAGAACCGCACGCUGCUGGCCAUCCAGCAGCAGGCCCUGCGCGGUGGUGGCGGUGCCGGCAGCCCCCGCUCCUCCCUGGAGAGCCUCAGCGCCGAGGAGAGCCAAAUGGUGCAGCAAUCCACGCGGCAGGAGCCGCAGGGCCAGGAGCAUCACUCUGACCACGUCUACUUGGAGAACAAUGUCUAUCGGCUCUGCCAGCCCCAGCACAAGGGCGAGGAGCUCCCCACCUAUGAGGAGGCCAAGGCGCAUUCCCAGUACUACGCCUCGCAGCGGGGCGGGCAGCAGCCCGGGGGGGCCAGCCUGGGAAUUCGGGGUGACAACGUGGGGCGCGGGGCCGAGAGCGGCGCCCGCCGCCCUGACGAGGGGCUGAAGGAGCUGAAGCACGGGCACGUGCGGUCGCUGAGCGAGCGGCUCAUGCGGAUGUCGCUGGAGAGGAACGGGGCCAAGGCGCAGAGCCCCAUCAGUGCCUCCCACAGCUACCCCCAGCUAUCCCGCCACCACCAGCUCGCUGCCCUCCGAGGGCAGCACCCCGAGGGGCCGGAGGUGCGGGGACCCCCCCCGGAGUAUCCCUACAUCAUCCCAUCACAGGACGCUUACCUGGCUGAACCCCGACCCUGCUCCCGGGAAGGUUCUGGAUUCCAGCAUCCCGAAAUCAGGGUGCUGCAUGCCCCCGUCCCCACCGCUUUCCUGGGCGGCGUGGACGCGCUGGUGGGCGCCCCGGUGACACCGGGCGGCCGGCUGGCGCGGGUGGACGCGGUGCUGCGCGAGAACGAGCGGCUGCAGCGCGAGAGCGAGCGGCUGCGGCGGGAGCUGCAGAGCUGCGCCGAGAAGGCGAGCCGCAUCCAGAAGCUGGAGAGCGAGAUCCAGCGCAUCUCAGAGGAUUAUGAAAACCUCGUCAAGGCCUCGUCCAAGCGGGAAGCCUUGGAGAAAGCCAUGAGGAACAAGAGAGACGGUGAGAUGAGGCGGCUCCAGGACUUCAACCGCGACCUGAAAGAGCGGUUGGAAUCGGCAAACAAGCAGCUGGCCAGCAGGACCCAGGAAAGCCAGGAGAGCAACCAGGGCAGCGUGGCCAAGCUCCUGGCGCAGAGCUACGAGCACCAGCAGGAGAAGGAGAAGCUGGAGCGGGAGGUGUCGGUGCUGCGCAGCGCCCACGAGGAGCAGCGGCGGCGCGCAGAGCUGCUGGAGCAGGCGCUGGGCAGCGCCCAGGCGCGCGCGGCCAAGGCCGAGGCCGAGCUGCAGAAGAAACGAGCCUACGUAGAGAAGGUGGAGCGGCUGCAGGCGGCCCUGGGCCAGCUCCAGGCCGCCUGCGAGAAGCGGGAGCAGCUGGAGCUGCGGCUGCGCACGCGUCUGGAGCAGGAGCUGAAGAUGCUGCGGGCUCAGCAGAGGCAGGCGGGCGCUGUGGGCGGGGGGACGCCGGAGCUGAGCCCCCACACGCUGUCGGAGCAGCUGCGGGAGAAGGAGGAGAAGAUCCUGGCGCUGGAGGCGGACAUGACCAAGUGGGAGCAGAAGUACCUGGAGGAGUGCACCAUGCGGCAGUUCGCCAUGGACGCAGCGGCCACGGCGGCUGCCCAGCGCGACACCACCCUCAUCAGCCAUUCCCCCCGGCACUCCCCCAACAGCAGCUUCAAUGAGGACCUGCUCCUGGCCAGCCACAAGCACCAGGAGAUGGAGAACAGGUUAAAAGCCCUUCACGCCCAAAUCCUGGAGAAGGAUGCCGUCAUCAAGGUCCUGCAGCAGCGCUCACGGAGGGACCCCAGCAAAGCCCUCCAGGGCUCCCUGCGACCCGCCAAGUCCGUCCCCUCCGUCUUCGCCGCCUCCGCAGCCCCGAGCUGGCCAGGGGCUGGCCAGAGUGACCGGCUGGCCGAGAGCAGCACCCAGGGCAGCACAGCAGGCAAAGCCACCGCUGAAGGGGCAGCAGCGCCCGGUGCCCUCAUGCACGGCGGCAGGGACGGCAGCAGGGACGGCAGCACACAGACAGACGGCACGGCCGAGAGCAGCGGCCAGGGCGAGGGCACCGAGCGCCCACCCGCUUUGCUGGAGAGCUCGGCCACUUCCAGAGCCCCAGACCUGUCCGACAUGGUGGAGAUCCUGAUUUAAAGCCACCCAAGAGGGCUGCAUGCCAGCCCCCCGCCCUCCUUGCCUGCACCUGCCCAGAUGGAGGAGCCUGCGGGAAGGACCGAGCCUGGAGCUCAGCGCUGUCCUGUGCACGGGACGGCCACUGUCCCCACUCAGCACCCAGAUGGGUCCCCAGCUGCGCGGGGCGUGCUGGACCCUGGGGACCCCACGGCGGUGACGGGGCCUCACCGCGCUUUGUAAAUACACCCGGGUUUUCUACGACGAGAGCAAAUGUAUUUAUCGUUUCUGCCUCUUCUCCUUCCCAAGGCAGGAGCUUCGGCUCCGUCCGCGUCCCGGCUCCAUCCCCAUCCCACCCCUGCGCCGUGGCCACCUGCACCCCUGGGUGCUGGGUCUCCGACUGGAAAAAUCCCGCUCUGUUCGCCCAAACUGUACCAAACCGAUGUCUUUGCGUGAGGGCAGAGCCGGGAGGGAUCUUCAUGGGUCCCAUCAUCACCUGGGUCCAUGUGCCCUAAACCUCCAUCACCUGCAUCUGUCACCUGUGCCCAUCACCUGCAUCCCACCUCUGGGUUGCGAUCAUGAGUGGGUGAUGGGGCGAAGCAGAAGAUAAAAUGGUGAUGGCGGGAAUGAAAAGUGGAAGGGAAAGCGGAGGUGAGACAUUGGCAGUGACCCCAGGGCGGCUGAUGGAGGCGGUGGGACGUGCCACCCCUCUGGUGGCUUCACGUCCCUGGCUAUUGGCAGCUGGUUUCUGCCAUGGCCAGCGCCUGCGUCUUGCUCCUCCGUGCUCGGACGCUUCCUGUCCUUGCCCUUUGUGUGUGUGUAUAUAUAUAUAUAUUUCUUUCUUUCUUCUUGUGUGCAUUUGCUGGACAACUGCAUUUUUUAUAUUUCUCUCUCCCAGACACGUAAAAAAUGCGCUCGGUUCUCGUGCAUUGUUUACAAAGUGGAAAACAAACAAACAAACAAUUAUGAAAGAGGAAAACAAAACAAAACCAUGACUUAAUAUAUUUUAUAUUAAUAUUGGUAUUUCUUUUUAAGUAUUUUUUUUUUUGUGCUGUGAACUAUUUUUUUCCUGCCAAAGACAAUGAGUUCUUGUUUGUGCGUUUUAAGUUAUCUGAAGUAUUUAAACGUAAACCUGGCUGUUUCGUUAUGCCGCUCUAUACCGAGAUUGCUGUAGCAUUCCACUUGGUAUAACAAUAUUUUAAUAAAAAAACCCAAAUAUUGA